UUUCACUUAAUUUUAGACUGGUCUAUUGUAUCAUAUUCACAGAUCCGUCAUACAUGUUAUUCCUUUCAGAAGGUUAAGUUCUUAAAACUAUGGCCGAAGUACUUCUGUCAAGUUUUGCAGUGUCAAUUCUUGGAAAGAUAGUUUCAUUUGUUAGUGAACACAGUCUGAAUGAGAACAAAUCAGACAUCAGUGUACAUAAAGAACUGCGGAAGCUACAGAAGUCGUUGCAAUCUAUUAAUGGAGUUCUUCUAGAUGCAGAGAGAAAGCAGAGUACUUCUGAUGCACUUAAGGAAUGGCUACGAAACCUGAAAGAUGUUGUGUAUGACAUAGAUGACAUUUUGGAUGAUGUGUCAACUGAAGCUUUGAAGCGCCGUGUUGACAAAGGCAUGGUUACUCAAACCAAAUGUUUACAUAUUUAUCGUUUCAAAUUAAGGAGAAAAUUACUCAGAAAGAAAAUAUUGAGCAGCAGAAUAAGAGAAGUUUGUGAAAAGCUUAAUGAAGUAGCCAUCUAUAGAAAGGACUUUGGACUGACUGAUUGGGCAAUGGCUGGUCAGUGUUCUGAAGAACCACAAAGAGAAUCAUAUUCUUUUGUGUACCAAGCUGAUAUAAUUGGAAGGGAUGAUGCUAGAGAUGAGAUCAUUCGUGAGAUACUAAGAGCUUCAGAAUGUCAUGAUCUUUUUGUUCUUCCUCUGCUCGGACUUGGAGGCAUUGGGAAAACUGCACUAGCAAAAAUGGUGUAUCAUAAUCAACAAAUCAGGGAGAGGUUCUGUAAGAUAUUGUGGGCCUGUGUCUCCAACAAAUUCAAUCUGAAAAGGAUACUACAAGAUAUAAUAGAGUCUGCCACUGGUGAGAGUUGCAAGCAUCUAAACUUGGAACAAAUACAAAAGAAACUCAGAGGAAUUUUGCAGAAUGGAAACUAUUUCCUUGUACUAGAUGAUAUGUGGACUCAUAAUAUAAAUGAAUGGAGAGAGCUAAGGAAUUUACUGUCAAGUGGUGCAAGAGCUAGUGUCAUAAUUGUUACAACACGCAAAUAUGUUGUUGCAUCUAUGGUUGGUACCUCAAACCCAUACAAGGUGGGUGCACUCCCUUUUCAUGAGUGCAUGCAAAUUUUUACUAGAGUUGCAUUCAAACAAGGUGAGGAAAAUAAAUAUCCGUCGCUGUUGAAAAUUGGAGAGUCCAUUGUCAAGAAGUGUGCUGGAGUACCAUUGGCGAUAAAAUCACUGGGUUCUCUGUUAUUUACCAUGCGUGAUGAAAGUCAAUGGCUGCGUGUUAAAGAAGACCACUUGUGCAAAAUUAUACAAGGUGAUGGAGAUAUUAUGCCAGUGCUAAAGUUAAGUUACAAUGCUCUUCCACCAGCACUGAAACCAUGUCUCUCCUAUUUAUCCAUAUUUCCAAAGGACUUCGAAUAUUACAGAAGAUGCAUAAUCAUGCUUUGGAUGGCACAUGGGCUACUCCGCUCGAACAACUUGAGUGAUGAAAUAGAUGUUGGUAAUCAGUAUAUUGUUGAAUUAAUAGGAAGUUCUUUCUUCCAAGACGCCCUAAUUACUUUUGAUGGAAGCAUGCCACAUUGCAAGAUGCACGAUAUUGUACAUGAUCUUGGCAGAUAUGUUUUGGACACAGACCUAGCUAUUGUGAACUGUGACGGGCAAGAAGUCUCAGAAACAGUGAGGCAUCUAGUAUGGGACUAUAAGGAUUUCUCGCAUGAGCAAGAAUUUCCUGGUCAUUUAAUCAAAGCAAGAAAAGCUCGAACUUUUGUUAGUUCAUGUAAUCCUGGUUCAUUAAGCAAAAAGUUUCUGCAAGUGUUACUUUCCAAGUUUUUGCUUCUACGUGUAUUGAUUAUAUCAGGAGCUUGGAUUGAUGAACUCCCAGAUUCAAUUGGAAAUUUAAAGCACCUGAGGUAUGUUGAUCUCACCUGGAACAAAAGCAUAAAAUUCCUUCCGAAUUCCAUAUGCAAGCUGAUAAACCUUCAGACACUUGAUCUUUAUCGGUGUGACCACCUAAUCGAGUUGCCAAGAGAUGUAAACAAGUUAAUUAGCCUCAGGUACUUGAGCCUGACAUGUAAGCAGAAGCAUUUCCCAGAAGGAGGACUCUGUGGCUGGGCUUCCUUAACAUACCUGCAGCUGCACUCAUGUAGUGAACUGACAUCACUGACAGAACAGAUUGGCUGCCUAACUGCCUUGCAAAUGCUGUGGAUCAGUGAUUGCCCAAAGCUCCCUUCUCUCCCAGCUAGCAUGAAGCAUCUGUCUGCUCUGCAAGAGCUGUUCAUCGAAAAUUGCCCAGAGCUGGAUUUGAUGAAUACGGAGGAAGCCAUGGAUGGGUUAUGGAGUCUUCGAACAUUGCAGAUUAUUGGACUUCCAAAGCUAGAGCGUCUUCCUGUGACCCUUUGUUCUGCCUCGCGUUCUCUUCAGUAUUUAUUGAUUGAGAAAUGCCCCAAGCUAAGGGAGAUUCUAAACUAUAUGCAAGAUCUUGCUAAAGACACUAACCACCGGAGGGUAUUCAUUAAGGAUUGCCCGGGCAUAAGCAGGAGAGGGAUGAAAGAAACAGAUGAGGAUUUACAUCACCCGGUGAAAUAACAGAGAUGCACGGGAAAAACAUAGCAUAUGAGAAAAAAACAGUCACACAGGGAAGGAAAAAGGUUAGCCAGCCAUUGUGUCAUUUGUCCAGGGAAGUUCUCUUUUUACCGUGGCACAAUCAUGCUUUUGUUCAUCUCAUUGUGUAACUUCAGCAGGUGGAUUUUGGUUCAUGGAUGAUAACAUAAUUUAUGGACAGUU